UAGUCCUAGGUGUCGUAGUGAUCGCUAGAAUGAAUUUUAUUGUAAUUAGUGAAAAUUAUAAUUAUUAUUUAAAUAAUCUUUGCAAAAAUGAAUUUUUUGGUAUACAUUUUAUAUGAAUUUUAUUUAAAUUGUUUUUUUAGACGUUUAAAAUCUCAAUGAACAAUGAGCAUUGACCAUCUUGUACAUCCGCCUCCAUUUUUAUAGCUAGUUCACACUAUACUAAUCCAUUAAGCUAGUCGGAAUUUCGUGUAAAAAAUAACUCUAUAAGGAAAAAUUAAUAGUUGCAUCAUAUUAUAAACAAUGUUACGGAGAUAUUGUUUAAGAAACUUCAGUUUUAUAAAAAAUAUUAAUCAUUGUAUUCGUAACUUGACUAACAUUUCUGAACCCAUCAGGAAAGAAGCAGGAAAGCGCAUCAAAGUACAGGGGUGGGUAAAAGCAUUAAGAAAAAUGAAAGAAGUUGUAUUCAUUGACAUAAAUGAUGGUUCUAAUUGUAAACACAUACAAGUUGUGAUCAAAAAAGUUGAUAGUCCUAAUAACUUAAGUUAUGGAAGUUCCGUUACAGUGGAAGGUGAAAUUGGUUAUGCUCCCGAUGGAAAAAUGGAAAUAAAGUCUGAUGAUAUCCAAGUUAUUGGAUCUGGUAAUCUUGAUGAAGGUUACCCUUUCUUACCGCGAAAAAAGUACUUGGACGAAUAUGUUAGACAAUUUUUACAUUUAAGAAUGAGAACUCGGCAGUUUUCUAGUGUCCUUAGGUUAAGGGAUUUAGCAUCUUUUGCUUUAGCAGAUCAUAUGAGAAGUCGAGGAUUUAUCAACAUUCAUACACCAAUUCUCACGUCAAACGAUUGUGAAGGCGCAGGAGAGAUAUUCACGGUAAAACCAGAAUCUCAACAAUUACUUAACGAAAUGAAGAAAGAAAAUCAAAGUAUGGAUUCAGUUUACUUCAAUUCUAAAGCUUUUUUGACUGUAUCUGGACAACUUCAUUUAGAAACCAUGGCCAGGGCCUUGUCUAAGGUUUACACGUUCGGUCCAACAUUCAGAGCAGAGAAUUCCAAAUCUAGACUUCAUCUUUCUGAAUUUUAUAUGAUGGAAGCAGAAUUAGCAUUUAUAACAGAUAUUAAAGAGUUAGCAGAAGAGGUUGAGCUAUUAGUAAAAGCAAUUACCAGGGCGCUUGUUGAAAAAGGAAUGUCUGAUAUGGAAAGACUGAAUGCACAAAUACCGAGUUGGAUUGAUAAAGAUUUCUCAUUUUUAACACAUAAUGAAGCAUUUAAUAUUCUUGAAAAACAUCCAGAUCAAUUUAGUACUCCUGCAAAACGAAAUGAAGCUCUUGCCAAAGAACAUGAAUUAUUUUUGGUAAAAUAUAAUGAUGGAAUUCCAUUAUUUAUAAUCGACUGGCCAAAAGAGAUGAAGCCUUUCUACAUGAAAGAGUGUGAUGGUGACUCGUCAAAGGUUGCAGCUUUAGAUUUAUUAGUGCCGUUGGUUGGAGAACUGGUUGGUGGAAGCUUGAGGGAGGAUAAUUAUGACAAAUUGAAACUUAAAAUAUCAUCGAAACCUGAUUUAUCAUGGUAUUUAGAUCUGAGAAAAUUCGGAAAUGUUCCGACUGGUGGGUUUGGUUUGGGUUUCGAUAGAUAUCUUCAAACUGUUCUGGGAAUUACUAACAUCAAAGAUGUUAUUCCUUUUCCAAGAUGGCCACACAAUUGCAGUCUAUGAAUAAACUUUUUUAGGGUUUUGUGUU